AUUCGAAAUAUUGGUUAAUUGGAAACCGGGGAAAUUGUCAUUCGAAAUAUUGGUUGAUUUUGUCUUUGCUUUGUCAUCCUGACGUAUGUUCUCUCCAUUUCAAAAGAAAAAGAUUCCUUCAUUCGAGAUACUUGUUGAUUUUGUCUUUGCUUUCUCAUCCCGAUUUAUAAAUGAGUUGUAUGUGCUCAAAAUUUGAAAAGAAUACUGGAUAUUUUUUUUCAAUUUGACUAUACCGAAAAUGUCAGGCUACUAGGCACAUGCUUAUACAGCCCAUCCUCCUCCCGGGCCUAUUCGCGGCAGCGGGCCAGCCAGAUGGCCCAAUAGAUGUCCAGGUCGGGCCCAUCCCAGCCUCGCCUAAACGCCGGUGACUAGAGAUGGACAGCCGUUCUAUCUCCAGUGGCGAUUGUCGAACUCAAUCGGACAUGUGGGCCACAUCUCCUUCGCCACACCCACUCCAUCUCCGGCGACCGCCGCCGCCUCCCUUCCUCGUCCGCCGCCACAACAAGCGGCUGGACCGCAUCGCAGCCUCACAGGACCCCCUCACCGCGCUGACCCGCGUGCUGUGGGGGCGCGCGCUGCCGCCGGCGCAGCUCGUCCUCGCCGUGCGCCACGGCUGGACCGCGGCGUGGCAGCUCCUGAUGCGGCAGCUAGCGCCGUCCGACCCGUCGACGGGCGCCUUCACCCGUACCCCUGCCCGCUUCCCCGCCGUCGCGGGGGAGCCCAGCUCCCGGCUCCACCUCUACGUGGGCCUCCCCUGCCCCUGGGCGCACCGCACCCUCGUCGUCCGCGCGCUUCUCGGUCUCGAGGCCCGCCUCCCGGUCUCCGUAGCCGUCCCCGGGGACGACGGCGCGUGGUCCUUCACGCCCGGCAGCCCCGACCGGCUCUACGGCAAGCGGAAGCUCCGAGAGGUGUACACCCUGCGGAGCGGCGGGUUCGAGGGCAGGGCCUCCGUGCCCAUGCUCUGGGACGCCGAGCGCCGCGAGGUGGUCUGCAACGAGAGCAUCGAGAUCGUCAAGUUCCUCUGCGGCCUCGUGGGCGACGGCGCCGGCGGCCUCGACCUGUGGCCGCCGGAGCUGCGCCAGGACAUCGACCGCUGGUACGGCCUCAUCUACCCCAGCAUCAACAACGGCGUGUACAGGUGUGGGUUUGCGCAGACCCAGGAGGCGUACGACGCCGCGGCGACCGAGCUGUUCGGCGCACUCGACAAGCUGGAGGCGCACCUCGCCGGCUCCCGCUACCUGUGCGGGGACAGGCUCACGCUGGCCGACGUCUGCCUCUUCACGACGCUCAUCCGCUUCGACCUCGUGUACAACACCCUGUUCCGGUGCACCAGGCGGAAGCUGGCCGAGUACCCCAGCCUCCACGCCUACACGCGCGACAUCUACCAGAUGCCCAAGGUUGCCGAGACAUGCGACACGGAGGCCAUCAUGGCAGGAUACUUCAAGACACUCUUCCCGCUCAACCCCGGCGGGAUCCAGCCACUCCCGCCGGCGACGUGCGAUAGGGAGUCGCUCUUGAGGCCACACGGCAGGGAGGCCUUGUCCUCUGCUGCUGACACGCCGCUUGAAGCAGCUGCUGUUUCAUAACUCAGGCUAUGAACAAAGCUAGAAACUGCAGAAAGAGUUUAUAGUUAUACCAGAUACUGAUGGUUCAGCUUCACAGGAUCAAAUCACAUCAGCAGUAACUGGCAUUUGCAAACUAUUGGCUAUAUGAGUCACUGGUUAAAUAUGUUGUCAAGAUCUGUGCUGCCAGUGAUGAUUAUGAUAGUCUUUUGGAUGAAGACAGAAUUGGUUCUGCUCAGUGUACCCAAACUGUGAAUUUCCAUGUACUUAUUAGAAUCCUUAGUGUAAUAAACCGCUCCUCUUUGGACAUGUAAAUUUUGUAAAGCAGCUGAUGAGUUGUAUAAAAGAUGAAUCUUAUUGACUAUUGGCAUUUGUA